AUGGCUGCAGCUCCAGCUUUGAAUAUGCUUUUUAAUUGCAACCAAAUGGAAACCCUUAACGGUUCAAACUUCAAGAAGUGGAAACAAGACCUAGAAUUAUGUCUAGGGUAUAGUGACUAUGAGCAUGUGUUGAAUGAAGAUCCCCCAGCAGAGUUGACACCCACUAGCACUAGAGAAGCUAAGGAUAAAUAUGCACAGUGGCAUAAACACAAUAGGAUGGCCCUGGUCAUUAUGAAGAGAUCUAUGUCUGAAGCAGUUAAGGGUGGCAUACCAGAUGCGAAAUUGGCCAGAGAGCACUUUAAAAAUAUUGAGGAAAAAAAUAUCAGAUAUCAGACAAAGCUGAAACUGGUGCUCUCAUGA